UCUGUCUGUUGUGUUAUGUACACCACUCAUGUUCCUGUAGGCCGGUCACUCCCACUCUCAGGACACUCCCUCCCUUCCUUUGCUGCUCCCCUGUUCCCUGAUCUGUCUCUUCAUCCCUUCUUCAGACACAUCUCACUCACACCAACUCCAACCAACUUCCAAGCAGGAUCCACAGAGCUCCUCGAGCUUUUUAGUAAGAACCAGGAAAUGACUUCCACAAAGAAACUGGGCUACAAGAGCCGUAUAGCAGGAGUCCUGCUUCUCCUGUUAAUCAGCAUUGCCGCCCUUGUUGCUGUGGCUGUCAUCCAGGACACCUGGGGUGCUAACAAGUACACUACAGAGUACGGCAUAGUGAUAGACUCAGGUUCGUCCCGCUCCAAUAUAUACCUGUAUAAGUGGCCAGGGGAGAAGGAGAAUGAAACGGGAGUAGUGACAGAGGUGCUGAAUUGUAGAGUUGACGGUGUCGCCAUCUCAGAGAUGAAAGUUGACCCACAGAAAGAUAAUGAAACACUCAAAGGAUUCAAAGCCUGUGUGGUCAAUAUCACCAAAGCCAUUCCGGAUGAAAAACACAAAACCACGCCUCUCUUCCUGGGAGCUACCGCUGGAAUGAGAUUGCUACAUGAGGAAGACGAGAAGAGGUCCAAUGAAGUCCUGGCAAGUCUCAGAGAUUACCUGAGUUCACUGCCCUUCCUCUUCCAAAACGCUUCCAUCAUUACUGGUCAGGAAGAAGGGCUUUAUGGGUGGAUCACCGUCAACUACUUGAUGGGAAACCUAAUAGAAAAGAACCUGUGGAACACCUACGUACACCCAGACGGAGCAAAGACAGUGGGCUCCAUGGACCUUGGCGGAGCGUCAACACAGAUUGCCUUUGCAGUCCAGGACGAACUCAUGGGGUCAGACUACCUGCGUGUCAAGCUGUAUGGUUACCCUUACAAUGUCUACACGCACAGCUUCCUCUGCUAUGGCAAAAAUGAGGCCGAGAAGAUGGUUCUGGACAAAGUAAUCCGGAAAUCACCUGACCCAAACUACAUAGAACACCCCUGCUAUGUCGAGGGUUUCAGUAUUAAUCUGACAGCCUCAUCCAUUUAUGACACGACGUGCACAGAGAAACCCAAAAACUACAACCCAGAACAACAGUUCUACUUGGUUGGUGCUCCCAACUCCGAUAAGUGCGGGAGCAUAGUGAAGUCCAUAUUUGAUUUCAAGACUUGUUCGUCAUCACAGUGUUCGUUCAAUGGGAUCGAGCAGCCACCAGUCACUGGAGAUUUCAUGGCAUAUGCUGGAUACUUCUACACUGCCAGGGCGCUGCUCCUUAAUGGAUCAUCAGAGCUUGACCAAUUUAACGCCUCCAUUAGGACCUUCUGCCACACAAACUGGACAUUGCUCCAACAGCAAAAGAAAUGGAUCUCACCAAAAUAUCUCAGGACAUACUGUUAUGCUGCUCACUAUGUCUUCACUUUGCUGGCAGACGGCUACAAGUUUGAUCAUGAUACCUGGAAGAACAUUCUCUUUGAAAAAGAGGUAAAGGACACCAGCAUAGGCUGGAGUUUGGGCUACAUGCUGAGUAUGUCCAAUAUGAUCCCAUCUGAAGUGACAGUAAUCCCCCCGCUGACAAACACCCUCUUUGCCGGCCUUAUCUUUCUAUUUUCAGCACUGACCAUUGUAACAGUUGUCAUUAUUUUCAUCUUCCUCAUUCGCACCUGCUACUGAGUUUUUCACGUUAAACAGUGAAUCACCUACCCAUUGAAAGCAGUGCGAGCGGGUGGAGAGCACUACACUAGCAUGUGCCAAUUAUCUUUUCAGCUCGAACCAUUAAUUGCCAUCUUCUUCGAAAAAUCUAUAAGCCUCAAAUCAAGAUCCACAGUCUUUGGAUCUUUGAUCUACCUUCACACAGGAGAUGGGAAACACAGUUCAUUUUGUACCUCAGGGAAACAUUUAAGUGUUAAUAUUUUCUCCCUUCUUUGGCUUCGUUGACUGUGGUUAGCACAAACAUGACAGUGGUUACCUCAGUGGCACACAAAUAAUGAAAAAGCACCCGGAAAUUUGUACGUGCUGGUUCUUGUUGCACUGUAAAAGGCAUUCAUGUAAAUGAGUGCUUGCAUGAACUCUUACACAGGAGCAUGAGAUAACUACUAACCUACAAACUUUUUUAAAAUUCCGUAUUAUACGUGUAAUUGCACUCAGUGCGUACUUUACAUAUGAAUUGAUAGCAUUUAAUGAAGCGUUAAUGAAGUAUUUCAUUUAACAUCACGGGUGCACCACAGUCGCAUCCAGAUGUUCCCUUUAUGAAAUGGGCCACUGUUUUCUUGUGCAAAAGGAGUAUAUGUCGGAUAAAGUCACAAAGUUUUAUACUGUCUGUUAACAAAAAUCAGUAGAUCUGCGUACAUGAUCAACUGUUGUGGGCAAACAGGCAGCUGUUAAGUUAGAAUGAUCUGCCGCAGCAGGUUUACGUGUUGUAUUCAUUUCUCAGAUAGAUAGACCUUGUGUUGUUCUUUUAGUGGGAAUAAACCCACUAAAAGAACGUUACACAAAGUUGGGUUAUUCAACAGAAAAUGGUCAAAGUUGUAUCGCUGGAGUGGUCUGAGAGAACGACACCGGAGUCCUGUCAAUCCUACUGAUCCCGACACUGCCAAUAUUUAGAGUGCUCUAUGUAAAGUGUUGCUCACAUGAAGGUGUAUGAUGGUGUCAACAUGUAGCCGUGGAUGACAAAUUCAUUUUAAUUUAGUCAUCUUCCAGUUAGUUUAUGGAUGUAAAACUUAAUUUUUGUCCUUUUUGGACACCAGGCAGCAACUGAAACUAUGACCAACCCUAAGAGAGGGGAGCAAUGAACCUACUGACCUACUGUCAGACGUGAGUGCGAAACACACAUCAUUCAAAACGAGCAAUUCUUAGAUAAUUGGUAAGCGUAACAUUAUUAUUUUUUUGCUUAUUAUUGUGUUGUCGUGUCCCCGUUACAGUAUUAAUAAAAUGAUGACUCACAUUCCAAUGUAUAGCAAAAGAAAGUGACUUGUUUACAAUGACAUCCAGAAUCAUUUCUAAAGGGAGAACAGAAUGAGUGAAAACUGCGCAUGUGUGCCAUUUGACAUCCCACAUACAUCAUUAAACUACUGGUGGCAUUGUUAGUAAUAAUGUGGUCACUGCACUGGAGAAAAGAAUGCAUGUUUAUUAUUUGCUGCGCUGACUGUUUUACUCCUGGUUUGAUAAUGAUGAUGUCUCUGUUCAGUAUGUAAUAAACUACUAACUGCAUCUUUUGUGGCAUAACAUAGUGUACUGGUAUAUAUAUAUGUAUGUAUACACAUAUGAUAUCUCUGAGCUCAGAAUGUUAUUGAUGCUAAACUCUUAAAUCGCGGGUUUCCACUUCUUCAAAUCUUUUUGAGUACAAAUAUGGCUGUUCAUGUGUAAUGCUUCUAUUUCAUCAACUUUUAAAUCCUUUGUUAAAACUGUACAUAAGCAUGCAGGCCCAAACAAGCACUUCCUUCAAUACCGACACGUCAGCGCACUCUAGUGGUAACACCUUGUACCUGCACAACAUCCGACAGGAAUAUGGGCUCUUUGAUUUUUUUUUUUUAUUGAAAGUUUUGUCUAAAAAGAAGAAAAAAAAAUGAAUAAAAACAAAACAAAAGGACACAUUUGAAACUACAGCAAUAUCCACUGGUUCUACAGACACUCUCAAAAAAUCACAACUCGAAAGACAUGGGAGGCAUGUGACCAAGCAAAUAAAAAAAUAGCAUCAUCAAA